AUGCAGUCAAAUGCCUUUCAAGAUGAGAAACUUCUUGCUAAAAUGCAAGCAUUUAAAGAUGAAGAUGGGCUUCUGAGAAUAAGAACCAAACUAGCAGAUAGUUGUGAGAAGGAAGAUUUCAAGUUCCCAAUUCUCUUACCUGCCAAUGAUGUUGUAGUAAAAUUAAUUCGAGAGGAGCAUAUAAAAGCAAUGCAUGCAGGCUCUUCAAUAUUACUUGCCCGGCUUAAAGAGAAAUUUUGGAUAAUUAGAGCCAAAAGAUUAGUUAAGCAGGUUCUUUCUGAGUGUGUGAUUUGCAAGCGUUAUAAAGCUAAACAUCUUGAAGUGCCCUUCGCUCCUCUGCCUAAAAAUAGAGUUACUCAGACAAAGGUAUUUGAAAUAACAGGUGUAGACUAUGCAGGUCCUCUUUAUCUUAAGUCGAAAGGAAAGGCCUGGAUUGUUUUAUUUACUUGUGCUGUCUACAGAGCAGUGCAUUUUGAAUUGGUCCGAUCACUCACUACUGAUACUUUUAUUCAAGCCUUAAGACGGUUCAUUGCAAGAAGAGGCAGGAUUUCAGUACUUUACAGUGACAACGGUACUAAUUUCGUAGGGACAAAUAAUGCGUUGCGAGCAUUAGAUUGGGAUAAAAUUUCUGUGUACUCAACUGCUCAGAAAAUCACUUGGAAAUUUAUCCCACCCACAGCAGCCUGGUGGGGUGGAUGGUGGGAGCGUAUUGUGAGAAUGCUCAAAGAGCUUUUACGUCGAGUGUUAGGAAAAUCUAUUAUAAAUUAUGAAGAACUCCUAACCGUCUUAUGUGACUGUGAGUCCAUAAUCAAUGCUAGACCGUUGACAUACAUACAAGAUGAUCCAAAUGAAUUGCUACCUUUGACCCCAUCAAUGUUUAUUCACGGAAACAGCAACUAUGAAACGCCAGAUUUAGAUAAAGUAGAUCGAUCUUUGUUGGUAAAACGCACCAAAUAUUUGCAGAAGUUGCGUGAAGAUCUUAGACAAAGAUUUAGAAAUGAAUAUCUUGCUCUUCUGGUCCACAGAGGGACAAGGAAAAGGGAUGUUUUAGAAGUGGGCGAUGUUGUACUGAUUGGUCAUGACAAUAUUCGACGCAUUGACUGGCCUCUUGGUGUUAUCUUGGAGGUUUAUCCUGGCAAAGAUGGUGUCCCUAGAGUAGCGAGAAUUAGAACCUCCCAUGAUGAGAGGAUCCGUCCCUUCCAAAGGCUUUAUCCAUUGGAAGUGUCAGCAAAAACUGAAAUUGAUGUUUUGAAGGCCUCAGGAAAAAGUGGCUUAUCUGUUGAGAAGACUCCUGAUUUACCUACUGACCAUGUUCCUGAUUCACCUACUGACAAUGUUCCUGAUUCACCUACUGACCAUGUUCCUGAUUCACCUGCUGAUCAUGUUCCUGAUUUACCUGCUGACCAGGUUCCCAAUUCUCCUGUUGAAAGGACUGAUAUUUCUGAGGAGAUACACCAUACCAAAACAAGAUUAGAAAGGACCAUAAAAGUUCCUCGUAAAUUGGACUUGUGA